GUAAGACCAGGACUUGAGGUAUGGCACAGAGAAUGAGGCGGUGGAGAGUGACAUCCAUGAUGAAGCAUCUGCUUGGACGAUUGCUGUGAUCGCAUUCCCCUCCGACACCUCCCCAUCACCUCCCCAAACCCUCCUUCCGUCGAAGCUGAUGUCGAGCCCAUCGAACCCGCGAGCUUCCUGCGCCAGACCUCACGUGUAAGAGCGGCCGGUGGUGCGAGGCCAGCGCAUGCGCACCACCCCGUCACACUUCAUGCCACCGAUUCGAACGCAAGCCGAGUACGAACAAGCGGAACACCGCAGCAAGCUCGCCAACUCCUACCAAGCCCUGCUCAACGAGUUCUCCUCCGCCGACCUCCACACCGUCGGCAACUACUCGCUCAAGCGCCUCGUCGGCAAGGGCAGCUUCGGCAAGGUCUACCUCGCCUCGCACAACCUCACCAAUGGCUCCAAGGUCGUGCUGAAGUCCACCAAGAAGGAGGAUGGCAACCUGGCGCGCGAGAUCCACCACCAUCGCCAGUUCUUGCAUCCCCACAUCGCGCGCCUGUACGAGGUGAUUGUGACGGAGCAUAAGGUGUGGCUGGUGCUGGAGUACUGUCCUGGCGAUGAGCUAUACCACCAUCUGCUGGAGCAUGGGCGGAUGGAGGAGAAGAAGGCGCAGAAGAUCUUCACGCAGCUCGUCGGCGCCGUGAGCUAUGUGCACAGCAAGUCGUGCGUCCAUCGCGACUUGAAGCUCGAGAACAUCCUGCUCGACAAGGGCGAGAAUGUCAAGCUCGUCGACUUUGGCUUCACGCGCGAGUAUGAAGGGAGCACGAGCUACUUGCAGACAUGGUGCGGCACCGUCUGCUACGCCGCCCCCGAGAUGCUACGUGGGGAGAAGUAUGCUGGGGAGAAGGUGGACAUGUGGAGUCUCGGCGUGAUCCUGUAUGCGCUUCUCUGCGGAGAACUGCCGUACGAUGAAGACGAUGAGACCGCGACCAAACGGCGAAUCUUGCAGGAAGAGCCGAAUUAUCCCGACCACUUGACUGUCCCUGCGAAGGAGCUCAUACAGAAACUACUGGCCAAACGACCGCUCUUACGUCCGACACUCGCGGAUCUGCUCAAGAACCCCUGGCUUGCCGAACACGCCCCCGCGCAACAAGAGAUACUCAAGAUCCAACAGCCAGCGCCCUUCUCGACGCAGCUCGAAAAAGACACCCUGCAGCGAAUGCGCAGCGCCGGGGUCGAUAUUGACAUGGUCAUCGAAAAUGUCCUCUCCCAGCGCUGCGACUCCCUCGCUGGCUGGUGGGCGCUGCUCAUCGAGAAGGAACAGCGAAAGGAAAAGCGACGAGAGCGCAAGCGCAAAGCGCGAGAGGCGGAUGCCAAAUCCAUUCGUCGGCUCAGUGCUGCGAGUGGCCGAUUACUGGCUCUUGGCGAGAUUCGGGAAGGAGAGGAACGCGCGCUUGGGGGGUCGCCGAGAGGCCGCGGACGACGAGCGACUCGCCCAAAUGGGAGUGAAGUGUAUUCGACCGAGCUGCCGAAAGUGACGGAGAGGAAGACGCCCACCCCAGAGCCUGACGCUCGAGUGUCUCAGACGCGGAACGAGAGCAGGUCCACCAGCCGGCCCCCUCCCCCUCCCAAAGACUACUCCGCCGUGCCUCCUCGAAAGCCAGCACUCACAUCUCGAGGGAGUGGGACUGUCGUCAAGAACGUGACCAUCGAUCCCAAUCUCCUGAGCCCUCACUACGUCCCGCAGCCAUCGCGGAAACGACUGAACGCCUUUCAACAGCCAUUGCGAGAACCACUGGCGUGGGUAAAGCACUGGUUCAAGGACGGCGCCCAGAAGCGUGGAAAGUCGACGAAUGAAGGAGUGAACAAGAACGAUUUGCCGGCAGCUCAUCCGGGGUCGAAUGCGCAGCAGGAUGGGAAGACCACCGAAGCGAUACGGGAUCUCCGACGCACAUCUACAGCACCCAUCGACAUGCAGCAACACCGCAAAGAGGGUAUCGCCGCGCGACCCGAGCUACAGACACGAUCGACUCUCCCCGCCCGACCACGAGUCAGCACAGCCAGCUCGCACGACAGUCGCACCAGCGCGCAGCGCAAACGCUCCAGUCUCAGCCCCCACACCCUCACACCCCACUCCUCCAUCCGCCGCCCCUCCGCCGGCCUGCGAGGCCGCAAAUCCACCUCCUCCUCCGUCAGCUCCAUCCGCAGCACCUUCCACACCCAACAUCAACACACGCACUCCAAAGCCUCCAGCACCUCCAGCAACUCCGUCGCCUCCCCUUCCGGCGUCUCCUCCGCCUCAGGCUCCCGACUAGCACGCUCCCCUCACUCUUCGGUCAAAGUCCUACCCACCACCCCCAACGCUUCCAGCUCCUUGCCCUCUGGCGUCCGCGUCUCUCGCCGUCCCCCGCCUUCCAGUCUCGGCACUCUACCCACUUUUGCAGAAGGCCGACACGCUUUCCAGAGCGGUGGCGGCCUUACACUCCCGCCCGGCUCGCCCGCACUUCCCGUCUUCGCGCGAAGGAAGCGCUCCGUAUUCAAAGGACCAACAACGACAAGCGGAAGCGCCGGAUCACCUAGCAUGUCUCGCUCCAAGAACGCCUCGUCGACCAGCGCGCGGCGCAAAAGCGGCGAGCCCACACUCGAAGGCGUGGAAGAGGACGACGAAGAAGAAGAAGACGUCGAGGAGGAUGACGAGGUGGAUGAGGGGGAGGUUUUUGGUGGUACCGGCGAACUGGCGACGCCGGACGAGCUGGCGACUGAUACGGAGCCCAUCAGUCCUAUGUCGCCUUUGGCUGGGGAGCAUGAGGGGUCGGGAAUGCCGCUUACGGCCGAGGCGCUGGCGCAGAUGCAGGCUGAGGAGGAGAAGAGGAAGGGGGAGCAUGAUGGGUUGUAGAAAUCUGGGGGAUUCCUCCCUUUGACUGCUUUUUGGCGUGGUGUUUUCUCAUAGCAUACGAGAACGUUUUUCCGUUCAUACAUCUAAAUAUACACAACUGAUUGAGA